AGACAGCGUCUGUGCUCACACUCUCAGCGUGUUUCGGAGCCACAGGGAACCAUAAAACGACGAGGGUCGAGUGGCAAACCGACUUGGUGUAGAACAGGAAAAAGAAACACCACAGGAGGCUGAAACCUUCCUCAGCAUCUGCAGCUGAAAGGAGCACGAAGGGAGAAUCAUGAAAAAGUCAAAGCAGGUGGGGAAUGAGAACGAGCCUCCCAGCUAUCAGGAAGCAACUGCAGGUUAUCCUGAGAUGGAGGCCCAGUUUGCCUGGGAUGAUAAGACCAUCAGGAGGACUUUCAUCAGAAAGGUUUACGCCAUCCUCAUGCUCCAGCUGUCUGUGACUGUCGGGAUUGUUUGUCUCUUCACGUUUUGCGCACCCGUGAGGUUUUAUAUUCAGACCAACCCCAGCUUGUACAUGGCAUCUUACAUUAUGUUUUUUGCAACCUACAUUGCUCUGUCCUGCUGCGGAGAUCUGAGGAGGCAGUUUCCCUGGAACAUUACUCUUUUAGUUCUUUUUACUUUGAGCAUGGCCUUCAUGAUGGGGUUUGUUUCAAGCUUUUACAACACCAAGUCAGUGAUGCUGUGUCUGGGAAUCACAUCUCUGGUGUGUCUGUCUGUCACUGUGUUCAGCUUCCAGAGCAAGAUUGAUGUAACGUCCUGCCAGGGCGUGCUGUUCUCUCUGUGUAUGGCCAUGCUUCUCUGUGCUAUUACCAUCUCCAUCGUCGUCCCCUUCGGAUAUGUUCCCUGGUUACACGCCAUCUAUGCAGUGAUAGGAGCCAUCCUCUUCACUCUGUUUUUAGCUUUUGACACACAGCUGCUCCUAGGAAACAAGCGCUACGCCAUCAGUCCAGAGGAAUAUAUUUUUGCCACACUCAGCCUCUACCUGGACAUCAUCUACCUGUUCAGCUUCCUGCUGCAGCUCACGGGAACUGGCCGGGAUUGAAGCGUGUGGCGUUGAAAACCUCCAAAACCAGCUCAGAGUCCAUUCCCAGCAGCAGAAUAAGAAAGCAGGGAUAUCUGAAUCCUCUGAUCAGAUUCCCGAUCAGUCUAUUGCUUCUUCAUGUAGCCCCAGUGUUACCACCCUGCUGCUGGUUCAUACUGUAAGACACACAUCACCUGAGGGAAGUGGUUUAUAUUUGUUCAGUGCUCUCUGACCCUUCAUGUUUAAAUGUCCGGGAAUCGUUGUGUGGGUUUUCUGUAUUGACUGCAGUCCUACAGUAAAUGUGUGGGCACUCACAAUCAGAGCGAUCAGCGCUGACUCACUGGCUCCAUUUCCGUUUAAAUACCACUAAGUCAGUGGCUGAGAUUCAGCACAUCUGCUCUGAUGUGCUGCUCUUUUGGAUUCAUCUGAUUUUAUUUAACAACUUAUUUUGAAAGGAGCAUGUAGAUGACCUUUUGUACCUGUAUUAGCAUUACAAAUCUUUUUAGAUGCCGUGCUCUGUACACUGUCAAUUUAUGGAUGAAAUUUGAUCGGAGAAACCUCAACUUGUGUAUUUUACCUGAAAAGUGAGCGAACAUCAACCACACGGGAAAAUGUGUGUGUAGCAUGUUACAGGGCUUUUAACUGGUAAGAUCUGUUUAAAUAUAAAUCAUGAAUUAAUGUUAAAUGUGGCCUUUUAGGUGUAAUAGAAAUAUUUUUUCUUUCUCAUAUUAAUGACUUGUGUAAGAAUGAGGAUGGUUUAGUGUUGUGAAUAAUGCAACUAUUUUAUUUUAUUUUUUACAAACUUAAAGCUAUGUGUACAUGCUCCAACUCUACUAACAACUGACUCAUUACAUACACUGUAUGGUUUGUGUGAACAAUAAAAAAGUGAAA